GACGGAAUCAAACUCACACGGAAGAAGCUUUGCUAGCGGUACUGGGUUACCAACGAGUUUGGGGGAAGAUACACGAAACGCAUUUAAUAUUCAAAGCAACUUUGUGAGGACUCCACCAAGCAAGAAAUCUCAAGUCUUUUUGGUUGCUGAAGGGACUGGCUGUAAGCGCCCGGGUUCCAACAUGGAGACGCUAGAGAGAAUUCAACCAAACAGGCAAGUGAUGGCCUUUAUUUUGGCAGUGUUCUUGUCUCAGGCUCGCUCGGAGCCUAUUCGUUAUUCUGUGCUGGAAGAAACAGAGAGCGGCUCCUUUGUAGCCCAUCUGAGCCAGGACCUGGGCCUGGGGGUCGGGGAACUGGCCGCCAGGUCGGCCCGGGUGGUGUCUGACGAUGACAAGCAGCGCUUGCAGCUGGAUCGUCAGACUGGAGAUUUGCUUUUGCAGGAGAAACUAGACCGGGAAGAGCUAUGUGGCCCCAAGGAACCGUGUGUAUUGCAUUUCCAACUGUUGCUGGAUACCCCGGUGCAAUUUUUUGAAGGAGAAUUAUCAGUCCAGGACAUAAAUGACCACUCCCCAGUAUUCCCAACUAGGGAAAUGCUCUUGAAAAUACCGGAAAACAGCCAGCCAGGGACUACUUUUCCCUUGAAAUUAGCUCAGGAUUUGGAUGUGGGCAGCAAUGGUCUUCAAAAAUACACUAUCAGCCCCAAUUCAUAUUUUCACGUUCUUACUCGAAAUCAUAGUGAGGGUAAGAAAUACCCAGAUUUGGUGCAGGACAAGGCGCUGGAUCGAGAGGAGCAGCCCGAGUUCAGCUUAACCCUCAUGGCGCUGGAUGGCGGGUCUCCACCAAGGUCUGGCAGCGUCAUGGUGAGAAUCCUGAUCAUGGAUGUUAAUGACAAUGCUCCUGAGUUUGUGCGCACCCCAUAUGAGGUGCAGGUCCUGGAAAACAGUCCCCUAGAUUCUCCAAUCAUUACUGUCUUAGCCAAGGAUAAAGAUGCCGGAAACUUCGGGAGGGUUUCCUAUGGCUUGUUCCAAGCAUCAGAUGACAUUAAGCAAACUUUCUCAAUAAAUGAAGUCACAGGAGAAAUCCGACUGACAAAGAAAUUGGAUUUUGAACAAAUUAAAUCUUACCAAGUGGAGAUUGAAGCUACAGACGGAGGAGGCCUUUCUGGAAAAGGCACCGUAGUCAUAGAGGUGGUGGACGUGAACGACAAUGCCCCUGAACUGUCCAUAUCUUCACUCAUCAGCUCCAUCCCAGAAAAUGCUCCUGAGACCAUAGUCUCCAUCUUCCGAAUUCGAGAUAGAGACUCUGGAGACAAUGGAAAGAUGAUUUGCUCUAUUCCAGAUAACCUGCCAUUCGUUCUAAAACCGACUUUCAAGAAUUUCUAUACCCUGGUCACAGAGAGCCCGCUGGACAGAGAAAGCAGAGCCCAGUACAACGUCACCAUCACCGUCACCGACAUGGGGACCCCCAGACUGAAAACCCAGCACAACAUCACCCUGUUGGUCUCCGACGUCAACGACAACGCCCCCGCCUUCACCCAAACCUCCUACACCCUGUUCCUCCGCGAGAACAACAGCCCCGCCCUGCACAUCGGCAGCGUCAGCGCCACAGACAGAGACGCGGGCGCCAACGCCCAGCUCACCUACUCGCUGCUGCCGCCCCACGACCCGCAGCUGCCCCUGGCCUCGCUGGUGUCCAUCAACGCGGACAACGGCCACCUGUUCGCCCUGAGGGCGCUGGACUUCGAGGCGCUGCAGGCGUUCGAGUUCCGCGUGGGCGCGCAGGCCGACCCGCUGACCGUGUACCUGGUCAUCGCGUUGGCGUCGGUGUCGUCGCUGUUCCUGUUCUCGGUGCUGGCGUUCAUCGCGGUGCGGCUGUGCAGGCGGAGCAAGGGCCGCCUGGUGGGUGGCUGCUCGGUGCCUGAGGGCCACUUUCCGGGCCACCUGGUGGACGUCAGCGGCACAGGAACCCUGUCCCAGAGCUACCAGUAUGAGGUGUGUAUGACCGGAGACCCUGGGACUGGUGAGUUCAAGUUCCUGAAGCCAAUAUUCCCUAGCCUCUUGGUUCAGGACCCUGAGAAAGAAAAUUCCAACUGCAGGAAUAGCUUUGUAUUCAGUUAAGUGUUGUAUUAGUUAAGUGAGCUUCUCCUUAAUUUUUGCCAACUAAUUGCCAUUGCAAUGCAUUUCUUUUUAAGAAAUUGUAUUGUUCUCUAAAUAUGUAUAUCUCUGUUCCAAACCAAUGCAUGCCCCUGAUCGUGCUAGGUUUCUUUCUUUUAUUAAUAUUUAUUGGACUUUGCAUUUCUACUUACACUAAACACUGAGUAUGUAUUUUCUCCAUAUUUGACCUUCUCAGUGGUUUACUCUUUUCAUAACUAUAAAUUACUCAAGUAGUGUAAGAAGACAUGUUGUUUAAAUCAACUUCUUAAUUAGUUAAUGUCUUUUUAAUGAAACAUUUUAAAGCUUUUAUGUAA